AUGGGACUGCCAAUAAGAGUAACUCAGUGGAUAAGUCAAAGUGUGCAGAAAUCCCACUUCUCGAAUAUCCCAGCAAACAUGAAUCUUUUAACAGCUUCAACGAAGAGGCAUAAAGUGACAGUUAUAGGCUCAGGCAACUGGGGCUCAACAAUUGCCAAAAUAGUCGCAGAAAAUACCAAAGAGCAUCCUGAUCUUUUCCAUGAAGAGGUUCAUAUGUGGGUGUAUGAAGAAGACUUGAUACUUCCAAGAGAUUCUAAAUACUUCGCGGCAAGCAACGAUCAACCUCAGAAGCUAACGCACAUCAUCAAUACCUACCAUGAAAACAUCAAAUAUCUUCCAGGUAUUACCCUUCCGACAAACGUUAUUGCAAACUCGUCUUUGGUAGAUGCAGCAAAAGAUGCCUCAAUCCUUAUUUUUAAUCUUCCCCAUCAAUUUAUCGGACGUAUCACGAAACAGCUGGAAGGCCAUAUUCUACCGUACGCUCGCGGGAUUUCCUGCAUCAAAGGUGUAGAUGUAACCGAGUCAGAGAUCAGAUUGUUUUCUGAAUCGAUUGGAGAAGGACUAGGAAUAUAUUGUGGUGCGUUAUCCGGAGCCAACAUCGCCAAUGAAAUUGCGCAGGAGAAAUGGUGCGAGACGACGGUAGCCUACGAUCCCCCGACUAUCGACUCCCAAGUCACUACGCCCACAACCUCUACGCCUGCCUGCUCCUUUUUGAAUGGUUCCGCAAUAGCGACACAUCGGGACGUACGGGGUCGGGCAAGCAAAGUACAUUUGAGACCUCUUCCGCCAAAUUACCCACCGCUCGAUCAUGGAAUUUUUAAAACUCUCUUUCAUAGACCAUAUUUUCACGUUAAUAUAGUUUCAGACGUAGCUGGUGUCUCCCUAGGUGGAGCACUAAAAAAUAUAGUGGCCCUUGCCGCCGGGUUUGUCGAUGGAAAGGGAUGGGGAGAUAAUGCAAAAGCUGCGGUAAUGCGAGUAGGUUUGUUGGAGAUGGUUAGAUUUGGAAAAGAAUUUUUUGGUGAGACUGUACAUACGCGCACGUUUACAGAGGAAAGUUGUGGAGUUGCGGACCUGAUAACUAGCUGUUCGGGUGGCCGAAAUUUCAGAUGCGCUAAGCUAUCAAUCGAGCGUAACUUGAGUGUGACAGAGGUUGAACAGAAAGAGUUGAACGGCCAAAAACUGCAAGGAACUUCUACAGCAAAAGAGGUCAAUGUGUUCUUGAAAGUGAAGGGGAGAGAAGAGGGCUACCCGCUGUUUAAAGCUGUUCUUGAUAUAUUAGAAGGCCGCAAGACGGUUGAUGAUAUACCACAACUCCUAUCAAGAACAUCAAUUACUUGA